AAGAGUCAGUUGGACGCCACACGCGACCUGGCCAGGAGGAAUUGUGGCGCGCCGCGGGACUGCUGUCUCGUGUUUUAACCUUGUGGCUACUUGGCGGGACUCUGUUUUUAGUUUUAUAUACUUUGUGAUUGAAGAGUGGAAGGAAGAGGCGGCGUGAUGCAGAGUGGACUGGGUGAACUAAGUGACCUGUACGGGUCCUUGAGUGUCGGGGGCAGUGAGGGUGGGGAGAGCACCACCAGUUUGGAGACCAUCAUGCGCAUCAACUCCUUCCUCAACAAUUCCCUGGACCUGCACAACAUUGUCCCAGACACAAGCUCCAGGCACUCCAUCGAUCUCAUGCUGAGUGAACUGAUGAGUAAUACGGGAGGGUCUCCACUCAUGAACUGGAAGGGCCACCAGCCGGCACCACGACCUGUCACCUCAGCCGGGCCAAAGAAACCCUUGCAGUUGCAGCAGAACCUAGGUGGUGGUGGUGGUUGUGGUGGGGACCCAAGCAUCCCACUGAGCAGGCUGCUGGCACAGACUUACAGCUACAGCUCAGAAAGUUCCUCUCCUAACUCUUCCCUCACUCCACACUCAACAUCUCAGGGGUAUGGGCACAACAACAGUGUGUUUGGGUACAUGGAUGACAGUCCUCAGUCCAGUGGCUCCACCAACUCCCGGCAAUCUUUCAGCUACUCUCAGUCCCCCGGUAGUGUGGGCUGCCGCAUGAAGCAGUCCUCCAGCAGCAGUGAUCCUGGAAGCCCCACCCUUGGAGAAGCCAUCCUUAUGGGGUGCCAGGAUGUCAGCCCUAACACCCAUGAUGUUGGAGGCAAGGUUACUGAUGCUGUCACCCUUGCUAACUUGGUGAGUUCAUUGAGCCUUGGUGGGUGCAAUAGAGGCCCUGGCCAUCUGUCCACUGAGGGAGUGUCACGAAGCAGCGCUGUGGUCCCAAACAACUCCCUCAUGUGUACGUCAGGCCUGCAGGUUUCCAAUAAUAAUGCCCUACUUGGCAUGCAGCCUCAUCAGGGACAGCAGCAGCUGCAAGAACAGUCCUCUAACUUGAGGCAACUGUCUCUUGGCCUGAACAGUGGGAGCGUGUAUCCUACGCCUCCCCUGCCCCACGGUCUUGACAUGAACGGGUUGGCCCAGCUUCAAAGUGCGUGGCUGACAGCACAAAGACUGCCUUCCCUGGCUGGUCCAGGCUUGCAAGGAAGUGAGCUGAAUAAAUCUCCUGGCACUCUGACUGGCCUUCUCUCCACGCCAGCUGAUACCUUUCACAUUGAGAAGGCUGCAAAAAUGCAUAGGAAUGCUGCAGCUGUCUGUGAUGCUAACUGCACAUGGAGUGGACAGCUGCCAGUGAAGGUGCACAAGAAUCCUACUUAUUCUUGCAAGGUGUUCCUGGGAGGUGUGCCAUGGGACCUGACAGAGCUUACACUAAAGCAAACCUUUAGCAGCUUUGGGGAGAUCCAGGUGGAGUGGCCUGGCAAGAAGAGCUCCAUCAACCCUCCCAAAGGUUACAUCUACGUCAUCUUUGAGGAUGACAAGCAGGUGAAGGCAUUGCUGGCAGCCUGUAGCCAAGACUUCACUUUUGGAGGAAACCAUUACUACAAGAUAUCGUCUCGUCGCAUCCGUCAGAAGGAGGUCCAAAUAAUUCCCUGGAUCAUCAGUGAUAGCAACUAUGUACGCUGCCCAUCCUAUCAACUGGACCCUGCCAAGACAGUGUUUGUGGGGGCACUGCAUGGCACACUGAGUGCUGAGGGCCUGGCCAGCAUUAUGAAUGACCUUUUUGGAGGAGUUGUGUACUCUGGCAUCGACACAGACAAGCACAAGUAUCCUAUUGGCUCAGGGCGGGUCACCUUCAACAACGAAUACUCCUACAAGAAGGCCGUCCGCGCAGCAUUCAUUGAAAUCAAGACGCCAAAAUUCACCAAGAAGGUACAGGUGGACCCAUACCUGGCAGACUCCUUGUGCCAGGUGUGUGGGCUGCAGCAGGGGCCGUACUUCUGCCGGGAGGAGGUGUGCUUCAAGUACUUCUGUCGGAGUUGCUGGCAGGAGAACCACCCGAUCGAGAGCCACAGCGGCCACAAACCCAUCAUGAGAAACUCCAAACUGCGCACCCAGAACAGCAACAGCCACCUCAUCUAGGUGGCCUUGAAGUAUGUUGCUUUGUUUCAUAAGGUCAUUACUGUCUUAAUGUUUUUGGUGGACUACCUUCUCAUUCCCUGACAAGAGAACUAUGGUAUGUGUUAAUGCCUUAUGAUCAUAAUUGCUUUUCUAUUCAUCUUUGUAUGCUAGUUGUAGAUUUUAUAUUGUACGUGACGAGUUGAGCAGUGUUCCUGUAGUUUUAUCUGUGGUGGGGUGAAUGGAAGGCUCUAAAAGUACAUUUUAUCUCAAGCCUCCGUUUUAGUUUAGCGCAGCAAUACAGUAACAGUGAUUAGCCUGAGUUUAUAUUUUGUGGCCAGCACAAAACUGGUGGUGGUUGUCAUUUUAGUUGUGUUCAGAGUUUUGAGAUAUUGAAUGUUUGAUGUGUGUGCAGAGAACAUUUUUUUUUAUCUUAGCUUGCAUUUAAAUAAUUUCUUACUGGCAAAAAUGUUUGGGUGAUUACUGAAUAUAAUGUGUCUGUAAUGUACAGAAAUGUGAAUGUUUGAGGGUGGAUUCAUUUGUGCAGAGAAUGGUGGUGAGGUUUGAUCUUGCAAGAGUAGUACUCUUUGUUUUAUAUAAAUAUGGAUGAAAGAAAACCAAUCUUUCAAGCACAUUAGAUUUUACACAUUUUAGAAUUAUUGUGGUAGUAUCUGAGAGGUGGCGGGUGUGACUCUUUUAGGAAAACUUGGUUGCAGGUUUACCAGUAAGUAAAAGAAGGGUGUUUUAAAAUGUUGAAUCUAGGGUUGGUUGCAAGUGAUGAUGAACUAAUAGAAGCUUAUAUUGGGCGUGUCUGCCAAGAUGUAUUUCUGCUUCAACAUUAGCUUGUGUUUUAGCAAUUUUGAAUUUUGAUACUACCUAAAUUUUGUUUCUGCAAGAUUUUAUAAUUUAAUUCCUACAGUACUAAUCAAAUGCAGUCAAGCUGCAAGAACUUUUAUCAGAAAUAUGAUUGUCUUGUUAUUGUUUAUUUCAAAUGUUUAUGUUUUUGGAAAAUGUUGCCAGUUGUUGGCAUUGUUUUGUUUGUUUCUGAGUUUUGUUGAUUGGAGUUUGGGGAAUGCAGAUUGUCAUUGCA